AGAGACAAACUGAGUAAGUGGAGAGUAAGUUAGCGGUUAGCUUCUUGUCCCAGUGUGGUUUUGAGUCUGUGAGCUUCACGAUCAUGGAGGAACUGGCCCGGGAGAGCAUCAGCCUGUUGGCUAGGUCUGCGUCUCACGCUGAUCCACCGCGGCUCGGCUCGUUUGGAGCAGUGUUCAUCAUGCUGAAGUCUGCACUGGGAGCCGGACUGCUCAACUUCCCCUGGGCCUUUCAGAAAGCAGGAGGAGUGAACACUGCCAUCAGUGUGGAGCUGGUAUCUCUGGUGUUCCUCAUCAGCGGUCUGGUCAUCCUCGGCUAUGCGUCGUCAGUCAGCAGACAGAAGACGUAUCAGGAUGUGGUGAGAGAAGUGUGUGGACGAGCGGUGGGACAACUGUGUGAAGUCUGUUUCUGCUUCAACCUGUUCAUGAUAAGUGUUGCCUUCCUGGUGGUGGUGCAGGACCAGCUGGAGAAGUUGUGCAUUUCUUUAUAUGAGACAGUGACGGGGUCCAGUGAGGGAGACAUGCCCUAUCACUGGUACACCGACCAGCGAUUUGCCCUCUUCAUCAUGUGCCUCGUCAUCAUCCUACCGCUGUCCAUCCCGAAAGAGAUUGGUAUCCAGAAAUACACAAGUGUGCUGGGGACGCUUGCUGCUACAUAUCUGUGUGUGGCUGUGAUUGCCAAAUAUUACCUGAUGGACAGCCACUUGGUCGUAAUAAGUCCAGAGCACAGCCAAGGCGUGGGUUCAUGGGCAUCGAUGUUCAGCGUCAUACCAACAAUUUGCUUUGGCUUCCAGUGCCACGAAGCCUGUAUAGCAAUCUAUAGCAGCAUGGAGAACCAGAAGCUCUCCCACUGGGUGUUCAUCUCGGUGGUCUCCAUGUUCUUCUGUUUGCUCAUCUACACCCUGACCGGUGUGUACGGCUUCAUGACGUUCGGACGAGCUGUCGCUUCAGAUAUCUUGAUGUCGUAUCCAGGAAAUGACGUGGUCAUGAUCAUUUCCAGACUACUCUUUGGAAUAUCAAUCAUCACCAUCUAUCCCAUCAUCCUCCUUCUGGGCAGAUCCGUCAUCCUGAACCUGAUGUUACGAGUUCAAAGGCGCCGGCGGGGAAUCGUCACUCAUUCGUUUGAGAGUCGCUGCCGGGUCGUUCUAACCGUGGCCUGGAUCAGCUUCACCCUUAUCAUUGCCAUGUUUGUCCCAGACAUGGGAGAGGUCAUCAGCGUCAUUGGAGGAAUCAGUGCCUUCUUCAUCUUUAUCUUUCCUGGUCUUUGUCUAGUGUUCACAAUGCAAACUGAAAACGUCUCUCCAAGAGUCAGUGCUCUUUUAACAGUCUGGGGAGGGAUAACAAUCGUAGUUGGAGCCUUCAUCUUUGGACAGAGCACAACCAUCGCUGUGAUCGAGAUUUUCCAGAAAUUCUGACUCUUCUGCCGCCAUCAUCACCACUACCUGCCUUAGCUGCUUCACUAUGAGGUUAAUCUCUUUUGCACAACCUGACGUUGCCUUUGUAAAGGCGGUUUUAAGCUGUUCAUGUGAUCCUUAUUUGGCUUGGAAGGAAAAUAUAUUUAUGAUGUCAGAAUGUAAUACGUUUUUAUGUGUGAGAUGCAUAAACACUGGAUCUGAAUGGAUUGUGUGCUGACCGUUAAGUCCUGUAAAAGAUGUGCAGAAUGGGUUGUGUUGAUUGCUGUAAGUAUUUUGUUGUUUAAUGUGAGUAUUAAAAAAAAA